AGUCGACUUGUAUAUAAAUUUGUCCGUUUCAUUCGAUCUCUCUCUCUUACAUCGUUUUCUUCAGCUAGAGGUGGAGAUUCAAAAUCUAGACAAACAAAGUCUUUCCUCUUAGAAGAGAAGAUCCUGUUUUUUCAUCAUCUCUAGUAAUCUCAAUAUAUAAACAAUGGCUGAUGCUGAGGAAAUCCAACCUCUCGUUUGUGACAAUGGAACCGGAAUGGUUAAGGCCGGAUUUGCUGGUGAUGAUGCUCCUAGGGCAGUGUUCCCCAGUAUUGUAGGUAGACCGAGGCACACUGGUGUCAUGGUUGGAAUGGGUCAAAAGGAUGCCUAUGUGGGAGAUGAAGCCCAAUCCAAGAGAGGUAUUCUUACCUUAAAGUAUCCAAUUGAGCAUGGUAUUGUGAGCAACUGGGAUGACAUGGAAAAGAUAUGGCAUCACACCUUCUACAAUGAGCUCCGUGUUGCUCCUGAAGAGCACCCUGUUCUUCUCACUGAGGCACCUCUUAACCCCAAGGCUAACAGGGAGAAAAUGACUCAAAUCAUGUUUGAGACUUUCAACAGCCCUGCUAUGUACGUAGCCAUCCAGGCUGUUCUCUCUCUAUACGCCAGUGGACGUACAACCGGUAUUGUGUUGGAUUCUGGUGAUGGUGUGAGUCACACUGUGCCAAUCUAUGAGGGUUAUGCUCUCCCCCAUGCAAUUCUUCGUUUGAAUCUUGCUGGCCGUGAUCUGACGGAUGCUUUGAUGAAGAUCCUUACGGAGAGAGGGUACUCAUUCACCACCACUGCAGAACGGGAAAUUGUCCGUGACAUAAAAGAGAAGCUUGCAUACGUUGCUCUUGAUUAUGAGCAAGAGCUUGACACUUCCAAAGGCAGCUCGUCUAUUGAAAAGACUUAUGAGUUGCCCGAUGGGCAGGUAAUUACAAUUGGGGCUGAGAGAUUCAGGUGCCCAGAGGUGCUUUUCCAACCAUCUAUGAUCGGGAUGGAAGCUGCUGGUAUCCAUGAGACUACCUACAAUUCCAUAAUGAAGUGUGAUGUCGAUAUCAGAAAGGACUUGUAUGGAAACAUUGUCCUCAGUGGUGGAACUACUAUGUUCCCUGGGAUCGCAGACCGUAUGAGCAAGGAGAUUACUGCCCUUGCUCCCAGCAGCAUGAAAAUCAAAGUGGUUGCACCACCAGAGAGGAAAUACAGUGUCUGGAUUGGUGGGUCCAUCUUGGCAUCCCUAAGCACCUUCCAACAGAUGUGGAUCUCCAAGGCUGAGUACGAUGAAUCUGGUCCAGCCAUCGUCCACAGGAAGUGCUUCUAAGUUGGUUGAUAUAGGAACAGCAAAUGAUAAUGGUGGGUUGCUAUUUUUAUUUGGUUGGCAUUCAGAAGUCUUGUGUAUGUGAAUUACUUGCUACUCAGUUUGGGUUGUUGAAAAGAGAAAACCAAUUUGUUUGUGGUGUUCGGGGAAAUGGGACUGACGUUCGUCAAUAAGUGGGGCAGGCGUUAUGUUAUACUAUUAUUACAUUACAGAUUUGCUGCAUCAACAUCAUACUUUGAGAGAGCCUGAUGAUUCUUUUUUGUUUCUUUUUCUUUUCCUUAAAACUUUUUAGUGUGCUAGCUAGCUUAUUGCUGCUAGAUUUCAUGAACAACAGAUGAAUAUACCUCGUGCGAUCUUGUUGUUUCUUGUUAUUUUAUUUUUCUUCAAGAUAUGGUGGUGAUGCUUAUUAGUCAUUUUAUAGUCGGGGACAAUUCUCUGUUAAUAUUUAUUUGUAUGAAAAUUUGAUUUAAACGCCAAAGUUCUUAUUUUUCUUUCA